AUGUCAGACCAAGCACAACCCAAGGGCGAAAAGCCUACACAGCCAGCAGCAGAGGAUACCAAAAUCAGCCCGGCAGAGCUGAAGAAAAGAGCAAAGGCAGAGAAGCAGGCACGGCGAGCGGCGCAAAAGGAGCAGACGGGCGGCCCAGCCGCUGCAGAACCAUCUACCAACGGCGCUACUGAAGGAGGACAAGAGGAGCACGAAUUGAAGCAGAAGGGCGGCCAGCAGCAGAAAGGACAACAACAGAAGUCAAGGCAGAGGCACGGCCAAAAGCCAGCACAAGACUCGAGGCCAGAGCGACCCGGUCAGUCUUCAUCAUCCACAAUGCCACCACGGCGGCGACCGUCUCAAUCCAACACCACGACCUCGAAGCCCACCCUACAGCCCAAGAAAGAGAAGAGAGAAAUUGAGCUUUUCAGCCAUCUAACCACACAUCCGCGCCUUCAUACAGCUGGAACCACGGCAUCGAUCUCAAAGGACAUCCAUCCCGCGGUCUUAGCUCUAGGGUACCAAUACAGCACCUACACCAUCUGCGGCAGUAGUGCUCGCUGCAUCGAGUACCUCAAAUCUUGCCGACCGCUAGCGGAGAGCAUGGGUAAUGCGAUUCGCUGGCUCAAAAAGCUCAUUGCUGAGAUCGAUCCAGCGAUGCCUGAGCACGAAGCUAAGGAUUUCCUAGGUGAGGAGAUUGGGAGGUUCGUGAGGGAAAGGGUGGUAGUCAGUGGCAAGGCCAUUGCCGCCACGGCCUCGAAACAGAUCAAGAGGGGUAGUGUGGUACUCACCUACGCCAAGAGCUCGAUCGUGGAGAAGACCAUCCUGCAAGCUUGGGAGCAAGGGACGGAGUUCAGAGUCAUCGUCGUCGAUUCACGACCUCUAUUCGAAGGUCGCAAGCUAGCUGAAAGCCUCAUCCAAGCAGCGCCUGGGCUAGAAUUGGAGUACCUGCCUUUCUCUGGCUUGGCGCAUGCGGUGAGAGAUGCUACGUUGGUGCUGUUAGGGGCGCAUUCGAUGUUGAGUAAUGGCCGUCUACUAUCACGAGUUGGGACCGCGAGUGUAGCUAUGCAGGCGCAGAGACGGAACGUGCCUGUUAUUGUGCUCUGUGAAAGCGUCAAGUUUAGUGGUAAAGUGGCACUGGACUCGAUUGUGUUGAAUGAGGUGGCCCCAGCCGAGGAGCUCCUCUUACCUUUUCCAGCAUCAUCAGCAGCAGCAGCGGGACCCAGCGCGAUGACGAGCACUACGACAAAGGACGAUGACGACGACGAAGCACCGAAGCUGAAACACCUCAAGGACUGGAAGGAGAUUCCGAAUCUGCAGGUGCUGAAUUUGAUGUAUGAUGUUACGCCGGCGGAGUACAUUCGCAUGGUCAUUUGCGAGUAUGGGUCUGUGCCGCCGAGUUCGGUGCCGGUGGUGCAUGGGAUGGCUAAUGCUAUGGAGGUAUAA